AUGCCUCGCAAGCAGUGGAUCGAUAAGAAGACUGCGACACAUUUCACAGUACUUCAUCGGCCUCAAAAUGAUCCGCUCAUUCACGAUGCGUCGGCAUCCUCGAUGAUCCUGAAUCCCACGGUCGCACUCAAUUCAACCAAGUCCAAGAAAAUUGACGAUCUCGCCUCGGAACUUGGCUCAGAACUCAACAAUAUCAGAGAUAAUGAAGGAGAGGCUGCGACUCAUGGGAUCUACUACGAUGACACCGAGUACGACUACAUGCAGCACAUGCGGGAUGUUGGAAGUGGUUCUGGCGACGCACAUUUCGUAGAAGCCCAGACUGCGCAGAACAAGGGGAAGGCGAAGCAGCAGUCCUUGGAGGAUGCAUUGAAGAACGCGAGUCUCGAGGAUAGAGCACGCAUGCUCUUGGACGAUGAGAUUCUGCCCUCGAAGAAUUUACGGAAGGUCACAUACCAGGCACAGCAGGAUGUUCCGGAUGUGCUUGCGGGCUUCCAGCCAGACAUGGAUCCACGAUUGAGAGAGGUUCUCGUUGCCCUUGAGGAUGACGCAUAUGUUGAUGAUGAGGACGACAUCUUCGGAGAGCUUGCCAAGGAUGGAGAGGAAAUCGAUGAGGAAGAAUUCGAGCAUGGUGCCUGGGAUCACGAAGAGGAUGGCGGUUGGGAGUCGGACGACACUGCAAAGCCUACCAAGGACUACCGUGAGGCUCCCAAACCGACUCCUGAGGUGGUAAAUGACGAGCGAGAGGAUCAUGGCGACGGCAACUGGUUGGCGAACUUCAUCAAGAGGGACCAACAAAAGUCGAGCCCACGUGCUGCACCGUCAGACGCCCAAUCUUCAAUGAUGACUACGACUACGAAUGGAGGUAGACGAAAGAAAAGAAAGGGGGCUUUGACGAACCCGUCCAAUUACUCGAUGAGCUCUUCUUCCAUGUUUCGUACCGAAGGUCUCACCGAUUUGGAUAAGCGAUUCGAGAAAAUCGAAGAGAGAUACAACGAGGACAUGGACGAUAUGGCAUCUGUUUCCAUGUCCUCGACUGCGUCAAGUGUCACUGGGCCCGUUCGAGGAGACUUCGACAGCAUUAUGGAUGAUUUCCUCGGAAACCACUCGAUGAGUGGGAAGAAGUUCGUCAAGAAGGGCAAGUACCAGAGCGGAAUGGAGCAACUCGAUGAGGUUCGGAAAGGACUCGGCCCUGCGAUCAUCCGGAAACAGCGAGCUUGA